UGGACAACCAGGAAGCUGACGUAUUUUCGCUUACGUGUCAGGAAGUUUUUGUGAGUGAACAUGGCGGCUCAGCAGGGUGAUGUUGAUGAGCUCUUCGAUGUGAAAAAUGCCUAUUAUAUCGGCAGCUAUCAACAAUGUAUCAACGAGGCUCAGAAGGUGAAGCCUUCAUCGCCAGAGAAGGAGGUCGAAAGGGACAUGUUUCUGUACAGAGCAUACAUUGCCCAGAGGAAGUAUGCUGUUGUCCUGGAUGACAUAAAGGCCAACUCCUCAGCCGAGCUUCAGGCUGUCAGGAUGUUUGCUGAGUACCGGUCCAAUGAAAACAAAAGGGAUGCUAUUGUUGCUGAUCUAGACAAGAAGAUGGCAAAGAGUGUGGAUGCUGCAAACACCACUUUCCUCCUCAUGGCGGCAUCCAUCUACUACCAGGAGCUGAACUCUGAUGCUGCUCUCAGGACUCUGCACCAAGGAGAAAGUCUGGAGUGCAUGGCCAUGUCCAUUCAGGUUUUGCUGAGUCUGGAUCGUGUCGACCUGGCAAGGAAAGAGCUGAAGAAGAUGCAGGAGCAGGAUGAGGAUGCUACUCUAACCCAGCUGGCCACUGCCUGGGUUAAUAUUGCUGUGGGUGGAGAGAAGCUGCAGGAUGCUUACUACAUUUUCCAGGAGAUGUCAGACAAGUACUCAUCUACACUGCUGCUCCUCAACGGGCAGGCAGCCUGUUACAUGGCUCAGAACAAGUGGGAGGAGGCUGAGGGAGUGUUACAAGAGGCACUUGACAAGGACAGCAGUCAUCCUGAGACGUUGAUCAACCUCAUCGUGCUGACCCAGCACCUCGGCAAAGCUCCGGAGGUAACCAACCGGUACCUCUCUCAGCUGAAAGAUGCACACAGAACUCAUCCAUUCCUCAAAGACUAUUUAACCAAGGAGAAUGAGUUUGACAGACUAGCGAUGCAAUACACUCCCACCGCUACAGCAUAAGACAUCUUCUGUUGCUGAGAACACUCAACAACGGACUUCAACAUUACACCAUGAAGUGUCAACAGUUUUUCCUCUCUCUCUAACUUGCAUACCUGUAUUUGUAUGGUAUUUUUACUUUGUAUUGUUUAAACCAGACCACAAGUCAUCUAUCUUUCUUCUGGGUUGCAGAUGAAACAUGUCUGGCUUAGUAUCCACGCUUUAUAAAUGAGCAUUUCUCCCAUGGAAAUCAGUUUUUAAAGGACCAGUGUGUGGGAUUUAGUGGCAUCUAGAGAUGUAGUUGCGGAUUGCAAUCCCCUCGACAACUACUGUGGUCGUGACAAACUGCAGCCAGCGUUUGGUUUGUUUGUUCUGGUCUACUGUAGAUGCAUAGCAGACUCCAUGAAAUAUAAUAUUAAAGGCUCAUUCUAAGGUAACAAAAACAUAAUAGUUCUUAUUUUUAGGUGAUUACACACUAAUGAAAACAUAGUUAUGAAUAUUAUAUUUUUAUUUCUGCUAUAUUCUGUAAAAAGAGCCUCCUAAAUCUGACACACUGGACCUUUUUAAGUAAGCAUUCCUUUGAUAUGAUGAUAUCAAAUCAAUGUUUAAUAAAUGUUUAAUACCUGCGUCAAAA